UGACUGCUGAACCGCUAGACAUUUCAGCUCGCGCUCUUUCUCAAAUUCUCUCCUUUUUUUUCCGAGUCGCAGUGGCAGUCGGGAUGAUGCUCACCGGAGAUAUACCGCCAAAUCAAACUAUAUACAUUAAGAAUUUAAAUGAGAAGGUCAAGAAAGAAGAGUUGAAGAGGUCUCUUUAUUGCCUGUUUUCACAGUAUGGAAGGAUUUUGGACAUUGUUGCCUUGAAGACAGCCAAGCUUCGAGGGCAAGCUUGGGUUGUAUUCAGUGAAGUAACAGCUGCUAGUAAUGCAGUGCGACAAAUGCAGAAUUUCCCAUUUUAUGACAAACCAAUGCGGAUACAAUAUGCAAAAACAAAGUCGGAUUGUAUUGCCAAAGCAGAGGGUACAUAUGACAAGAAAAAGAAGCAAGAGGAAAAAGCUGAAAGGAAGAAACGCGCUGAAGAAGGACAGCCUACUGCUAAUGGCCCAAGGGCUGAUACCAACGGAGGCCCAGCGAAUGCUGCUCGGCACGGAAAGCCAGGAGCACAGGAAACAACUGCAGAGCCGAACAAUAUACUCUUCAUACAGAAUCUUCCCCAUGAGACUACAAGCAUGAUGUUAGAAGUGCUUUUCAACCAGUACCCUGGUUUCAGAGAAGUUAGAAUGAUAGAAGCAAAGCCGGGCAUUGCAUUUGUGGAAUUUGAAGAUGAUGUCCAGUCCUCUGUCGCCAUGCAGGCGCUUCAGGGCUUCAAAAUUACACCCCAGAAUCCUAUGGCUAUCAGCUAUGCUAAGAAAUAGGCUGCUAAUGGGGCAAGUACUGCCUUCAUUUCUGAUUGUUUUGUAACAAAAAAUCUCUCUUUAGUUUACCCUUCUUAGACAGGGGCAAGGUUUGCAAAGCCGGCGCCACAAUGAGAAAAAAGUUGGAAAUCUUCAAUGUGCAAUGUUUAAACUGGCUGCAUAUAUCUUGUUAACGCUGGAGCUUGCUCUUUUUAAUAGCUAGUUAAUCUGGUCUCAUUCUUUGACUCUAA